GUUUCCUGGGACACUCCGGGAAGCUGCUAGUGCUUGAUUGGAGUUCCAUCUCUUGGGUUUUUUUUCCGCAUCAUCCUUCUUUCCCCCAAGAUCAGACCACUCUGUGCUUCCACAGCUGUUACAGACAACUGAAGCCAUUGACGAAGUCCACGGCAGCGACAACCAAACAACGAGAGAGAACUCGUGUGUUUGACAGCCGAUCAGUCCGAGCGCCAAGUACCAGGCAACACCAAUUGAAUCGACUUCGCCUGGGAAUUGCGUGACCUUGUCGUCAUCGAAUCCCGACAGACACAUCGCCCUUCAUGGCUGUCUUCAGUAGCAAGAAGUUCCCGUCCAAGGCGGACACCAACACCUUUGCUGCCCAGUACCGGGCCCAGAUGGCCAAGCGGCCGUUUCUGCUCUUCGGCCUGCCCUUCGUCGCUGUCAUGAUAGCCGGCUCCUUCGUCUUGACGCCCGCAACGGCCAUCCGGUACGAAAAGCAUGACAGGCGCGUGCGCCAGGUGACCAGAGACGAAGAGCUGAAUAUGCGUCGGUCGGCGCGCAAGGUCGACAUGAAGGAAGAAUACUACCGGCUUGCGGCCAAGGACAUCGACAACUGGGAGCAGAAGCGUGUCAAGCGGUUCAAGGGCGAACACGACGGCAUCAUCGGCGAGUAGAGGCCAUCAUGAAUCACACCGGAUCUCGAUCGUUUGACACGCCACGAACACGACAGUCCGAUUUGGAGCUGUUUGAUAAUCAACUUGCGAAUCGAGAUGGGAUGAAGCAACGCGUCUGGUGUCCAUGACGAGGUUACUGUACUUCGACCGCGGUCGCGUUCGUUACGGAUGCCGUUCGCCCUUUGAAUCAACCUUUGCCAAGCACGAACGCGACAAUGUGCUUUUUGGGGCAGGAUGGUUGACGCAAGAAUGUGCACAUCUCAAUUUCGGGAGUGACCGACUUUGCAUCAAUGCGCACGACAGCAAGCCACGUCGUGGGCCCGAUCCCUCAAGCCACCAAGGGUUCAAAACCGCUCAUUGCCUUCGACGUCACUCCCGAGCCCAUUGUCAAUCGUUAUCCGGCAGGUCUCAUGCGGCGGCUGUGGCUGCCACGGAAUCGGACGGGAGGCAUGCAUGAGGUAGUCUUUCCUCCCCUAUUCUUGCUUCGGCAGAAUUGAGGUGUCUGAGGGUCGUUGAUGAGGUAUGCACGACACCAGGGCGCUUCGCUGGGCGGCUGUAACGUGGGAUGACGCAUCGGUGCGGUCGAUCUGGGGUCGGGUUUGAUGCAACCACUCCGAGAUGUUGGAACAACGGUCAUGGACGGGCCUAUCACAGACAUUUGUCGAGGUUCAGUCAUUUAUUCGAAGGAGGAACAUGUUGGUUGGGAGGAAAACAACUUUUGAGAGACAGGACAGGCAGGGUCUGACGUUCCCGCGUGCCGCGCGCCCGUCGGUUCCCUUACAAAGGCCCCUUGAUUGAAGGACAACCUCUCAACGCGUCUCCACGCGGGCAGAAAUUCCAGACGAAGGCUGAGGGGGUCCUCGAUGUCAACAUCCUAAGCAUAGCAACACUUGACCUUGCUGGGCCCCAACUAACGGACAGGCUCAUCGGUGAAGUCAUUCUUUUUUUCUUCAAACAAUCUAACCAGCAGACAGUGGACAGUACAUGCUGGUUGAGUCUUGUGUGAAAAUAGGAUGGCUUCGCCAAUGAGCCGGUCCGUUAGCUGGGGCUCACAAGUGUAAAGCAUUACAACAGGCAGUAGAUGCUGGUCAAGUUUUGCGACAAUUUAGACCCAAGAGAAGCCAACAUCUGAAUCACCAAACGUUCUUCGGCACACCGUCGAGUGACUGCAUCCUCCAUGCGCAAGACAAUAGUGCCCACCCUGCCCUAAUGCGGCCAUCGGGAGUCCCGGCCUUGAUCUGACGACGGGGACGUAUGCAUGACAAUGCAUCGCGAUCGUGGUGAUGUUUAGCUGAGCGAAUAUCCUGGUUAGCCAAGUCAACGGUCCCUAGCCGAAUUCAUAGAUAGCACCGGCUCAACGGGCGUCUGCCAACCCAUCUCGCCCAGCUAUCCAAGAGCGGCGGCCGCGUUUCGUUUUCAAAGGCAGUGGUUUAGUCAUCGGCCGAUCAACAGACUCGCAACAGUAAAUCAAGAAAAAAAAAAUCGCUCUAUGAGCAAACCAGCCAGUAAGCGGGUGGCGAAGUGUCACAGGAAAAGGGGGGUCCGGGACUGAGGAGGCGGCCGCACGACGUGACAAGAGCCGCGGGGUGCGGGAUCAAGAAGUCGUCGAUCGGGAUCGACGACAAUGCCGUCACCUUUGAGAUCCGCAGGGGAGAGGCCCAGCAACAUGGUCCUGACGGGUCCCCUACAAUGAGACUAGAGGAGAUGAGACGAGACGAACUUGUGGCCGGGCGGUGUGGUAUGAGAAAACUACUCAUCCGGCCCGACAAGGCAAUGGGUGAAUGGGCUUUGAUACCGCCCUGAAGAAAAACUUGCUAUGUGUGCUGGGCAGUCGUCAGUUAGUGAGGGGUGGUCAGUCGUGGAUCGAAGCCGUCGCAGGACCGCCGAGCUGGACGAGACUGCCCCGUCAUCGACCGGCAAAACCGGCUGCGUGUGGUUUUGCCGUAGGGCUCUGCGUUUCGGUGUAGAUGUAACUGGCCUGCGCCGCGCAGCCUCAAGAGAGAAUGUGUGUUGACCGAGUUUCUAUUGUUGGAAGUGCGAAGGCCAAAGAUGCUAGGUCGAUUAGAGAGAUGUUGACUUGAAAAUCGCUUGACCGAGUGCGGGAAUCGUGCAUUCCUGCAGCACCCCCUUCUCCCUUCCAACGUCUUCGAUUCAUCGGUACUGAUUUGGGUCUAAGAAUCGUCGAGUGGGACCUGUUCUUCGCGGGCCCAUCGAGCAAGCUACCCCAAGGAUCCGCGCCCGAUGUUGGAGAGAAACGCUCGGAAUAUGCUCAAGGGAGGGAGAGAUAGAGAGGAUAGAACAAUCGGUGAAAGGGGGCCGAGUGGGAAUGCAGAAGCCAAAGAAGAGGGUGUGGGCGAUGAGACGGACGGCCUGGCGGGACUUGGCCGGCGUGUUGGCAGCUCCAAUAGUUUGAUCGUGAACGGACAUUGCAGAAGUUUCUGGAGGGGGAGAGGAGACCAUGACUACGAUGUACACGAUCGCGAAUUGAAAGAUCAUGUGUUCAAGAAGCCCCUGGAUUCUUCAGGAGGUUCACUCCCGGAGCAAGGACACGACUGGGAUCGAGAUGCGAGCCUCUGCUGCCAUGGCUGCUGCUACGCGGAUACGGGGUCCCGGGCCUAGGUAGUAGUAGAGCCUAUUGAACUCUCU